AUGCAUCUCCAACUGAUCCUCUCCGGCUUGUUCCUGACCCGCGCGGUCUCCGCCUCGGGCGAAAGCACCGCCGCCAAUGGUGGCUACACCGGAGCCGUCACCGGCUAUCUGGCAGCGAACGCGACGGGCAAUGGCGGCGCGGUCCCCAUGAGACGGAGUAUCACGGAGCUGGCGACUGAGGCUGGCCCUCAGUGGGAUCUUUAUGUUCAGGCUAUGCGCACCAUGUAUGAUCGCGAUGCAAGCGAGACAGAGUCUUACUUCCAGAUCGCCGGUAUCCACGGCCGACCCUUCAGGGAGUACAAUAAUGCAGGAGCCAAGAGCACCGAUGGCUGGUCUGGUUACAGCACCCACGGAGAAAACUUGUUCAUGAUCUGGCACCGACCCUAUGUCGCCUUCUACGAGCAAAACCUCGUCAAGGAGGCCAGGACGCUGGCCGCCGCCUACCCCGAGAGCGUGCGCUCCGAAUACCAAAAGGCCGCCGAGGACCUCCGCGCCCCGUACUGGGACUGGGCGGCCGAGCCGUCCCUCCCGGCCUGCGCGCUUCCCGAGAGCGUCCAGGUCAAGGUCGCGGCCAAGACGGGCGUCGAGACCAAGACCAUCGACAACCCGCUGUACACGUACAAGUUCUCGCAGGACGUGAAGCAGGGCAAGUACGGCCAGUUUGAGACGAGGGACCGCAUGUACCGAUGCGACAGCUCGGAGCAGGCCAACGAGAACCUGGUCAAGCGCAACUACAAGGGAUUGGUGUAUGAUACAUUCACCAUGGCCAAGUCCUUCUCCGAGUUCGCCACGACGGCCAGCAAAGGUCGUAGUCUGGAGGCUGCUCACAAUGCUCUUCAUUGGGACGCUGGCUGCGGCGGCCAAUUCAUGGACUCUCAGUACUCUGCCUUUGAGCCGCUGUUCAUGCUUCACCACGCCAACGUUGACCGUCUCUGGGCCUACUGGCAGGGCAUGCACCCCGAGGCUACCACCUUCAACGGCGCCUACCAGGGUCAGUCUCGCUACAACACGCCCUCCGGAUCGAUGAUCGACCUCGACUCGCCCCUGCAGCCCUUCCGCCAGACCAACGGCGAGUGGCACACGUCGCGCUCCGUCAACUCGUGCAAGAACUUUGGCUACACCUACCAGGGCCUCGAGCACUGGAGCAAGUCCGAGACGCAGAUGCAGCAGAGCGCCGUCGAGAUCAUCAACUCGCUCUACGGACCCCCGGAGCAGAACAAGCCGCUGCCGCCGGUCUCGCCCGCCCCGUCUGCCAGCCCGGCCCGGACCACGACCAGCAACAACGCGCCCGUCACCAGCGGCAGCGGCAGCAGCACCCAGGUGAAGCCGCCCUCGACCUCUGGCGGAGUGAGCUCCAGCGGAAUGGUCACCUCCGUCCGCCCGACCACCAGCGGCAGCAGCAGCCAGCAGCAGUCGACGACGCCCGGGACCAGCAGCGGCCCGUCCUCGGCCGGCCCGUCCUCGGCCUCGUCGCUCCGCACCACCCUGGCCACCUCGGUGCUGCCCUCCGGAAACAACUCCGUCCCCGCGCCCACCACCACGACCGCCCCCGGCGUCAAGCCGACGCUCCCCGUCUUCGCCAACAAGACCGAGACCGACUACAAGAAGUACUACGCCGGCAUCAGCGUCGACGUCGCCUACCUCCCGCACCGCCCGUGCGCCAUCGACAUCUCCAUCGGCGACACGCGCGCCGGCGGCAUGGCCAUCAUGAACAUGCCGGAGAAGGGCCUCGUCUACGACUCCGUCUCGCUCACCACGGCCAUCCACGCGGCCAAGCUGAGCAACACGACGGCCGACGGCAGCGACCUGGUCCGCCAGGUGCUCUCGCGCAUGCAGGUGACUCUUCGCAAGCCCGACGGCUCGACCAUUGACGUCACCCAGCUCAACGGCCUCCGGGUCGAGGUUGAGGAGGCGGAUGUCCUCCCUGCCAAGUCUCAGUAUGAGAUGCCGGAGGUCGUCAAGGCCAAGUCCCACGUCGUGGUGGACAAGCCCGUCUCGGGAUGCUACGCUCCGUACUCCAAGUAA